AAUUUCCGGUUCCUGUAAUUAUUAUUCCAGGCAUCUAUAUACUUUUGUUUAUAGGAGUUAGAGAUAUGAACUGGGUUCAGCGCAAGAUCUAUCUCUACAAUGUCACUUUUGGACUCUACAUGUUGGAUUGGUGGGAACGUUACCUUUUCAACACGUUGGUGAUUGUAUUGAUGUGGUUUGUCUUCUACAACAGCUCACGAUAUGUAACUGAGUUCUGCAAAAGGCAUCUAUCAUAGGGUUGGGAGGUGGUGUUGGCUUGAAAGGUUGCAGUGAUGAUGGUAGUGUGAAAUACUCAUAAAUUAUUUGGUUAAAAAUCUUGCUUAUAUGUGGAUUUGCAUUCAACUUUUUUGGAAUGUAGUAAAUCGGUGCAUGCCCCGUGUGUAUUGUUAGACCAUUUUCAAAGCUAUUACAUGCAAAAAUUUUAGAACAUUGGCUUUGUUGUAACUAUUGUUGAAACUGUUAAAAAUCACUCUUUUGUUCCCCUUAAAUA